UUGGCAGUUCGCGUUCAUGGCAUGAGAGUGAGAGGGGAAAACAACGCAACUUUUUUGCUGUAUUAUUAAAAGAAAAGAAAACAAAAACAUUAAAGUUAAUUUGAUCGUUACAACAAUUAAAACAACGUAGACAUAAACAACGCACUCCUUCAACGCAAGCAAAAGCAAUCGCCGCACAAUUUGCCAGCCAUAAUAAUGUAGCAGCUGCUUCUAGCAAACUGUUUUUCUGCUGUUGUUGUUCCUGCUGUUGUGGUUGUGGAGUAAGGGAGCCCGCUGUUGCUGCCAACGGACGAUCGACAACUAACUGCAAUAGAACAUUUAAUUCCCCACGAAAUUCAGCGCGCCUCGUUGAGCUCAUUGUUCUGUGACUGUGACAUCGUUUUGCCCCGGCAUUUUAGCCAGCAGCUGCGUAGCUAAGUAGCUAAAAAUGGAGUGGACUAGGGAGAAGACAUUGCUGCUGAUCAACGAGUAUAGACAGCGACGUGGACUGUGGGACAUGACAUGCGACGAGUAUCGCAAGAAGGAUGUUAAACAACGACUUUUGAACGAAGUUAGCGAAGUGCUUGGCGGCAACAUCGCAAUUCCUGAAUUGGAGAAGAAAUUUCACACAUUACGCACACAAUACCAUCGUGAGAUAAGUCGCAUGAAACGCAAGGAACCCUACAAUUCCAAGUGGUUUGGCUUCAAGAAUCUCGUCUUUCUAAGCUCACCGUAUGCGUGUCGCUCCACCAAAAGUCGCUUGAAAACCGAUCUACAACUCCAAGAGAACCCCGCAAUACAAAAGUACGUGUUAGGCGAGGUAUCAACAACGGGAACCGCGGUUCCCGUAGAGAGCAGCAACACUAUGAACGAUGAAUACAUCAUAACGCCGCGAAAAUCGCACGCAAGCAGUCGAGCACAGGAGUUAGAGAAGUUGAUAGAGGAGACGACCAAAGAUGUGGACGAUAUCGAUGAUGAUGGUGAGCCUGGUGGCGGCGUUGAGGACGAUGUCGACACAAAGCCCAAACUGAGCAAAGAGAUCAGCGGCACAUACGUGCACAUCAAUGAGGACGAGACCGAAGCACUCGAGACGCAUCACCACCAACAGCAGCAUCAACAUCAACAGCAGCAUCACCAUCAACAACAACAGUCUAUGUUGGAGCUGCAUCACACGUCCAACACUGUGGAAGCGGUUAGUUUUCAGGCCAACGAAAGCGGGGAACUGCACUAUCAAUCAACGCCAAUGGCUGCGACUGCCGGAGGUAAUGGAAACGGCUCCGCGGCGGUGCAUGUGAUGCCCACACGUAUCAUCAAGAUACAAAGACGCGAUACGUCCAGCCAAGAGAACGGUUACUACGAGGAGCAGUCUACACAGCAUCAGUUGCAUGCGCCGCCGGCUAAACGCAUCUAUUUUGAUCCCAAUAGCAGUCACAGCACCACAAUUCUAUCCACAUCCACACUAGCAGCGGCAGGCACACAAAAUGGCAACGCCAGUAAUGUGUUGACAACGACAGCCGCAUCCGGCGUAGCGGGCGGCACAUUGCGUCUGCCGCGUGUUAAUGCCAUAGUCAAUACGACGCUGUCACCGCCAAAGCCGGCCAGUUCUCCAAUACCGCCUGCUGCUCAGGCUGGCUCAAUUGUUAGCCAGCUGCGUGAUGAGUUCUCCACGUACGGCGAAUACGUGGCCAAUGAGAUGCGUGCCAUCAACAACAGGGAGGUGCUGAUCGCACUGAAGCACAAGAUAAACACGGCCAUAUUCGAGGCAAAUAUGGCCGAGUUGCAGAAAUGAAGAAUGCCGGAAGAAUUCACAAUUGUUUUCGACAUGCCGACUAUUUAAUAUCCUGACGGAGAGAAGACAACAUAUUGACAAAUGUAAAUUUUCGAAACUGUCUUUUUUAAUACAUUAUUGAUGUGUACACUCUGCUAGGCUAUUAAUAUAAUUAAUAAACUCAAGUUUUUAGCGAGAA